GUGUGUGUGUGUGUGUGUGUGUGUGUGUGUGUGUGUGUGUGUGUGUGUGUGUGUGUGUGUGUGGCUCCGAAGGUCCGUGGGAAAGAAUCGCAUCGAUGAGAACACGGUCAGUUGUCCAGUCCACUGUGUAGACUACCUGUCCCUGGGUGCUGCUCUAAACACACCGCAGAACCGGGCAGCGCUGUCGGAAUAAACAGUUUGCUUGUUUUGGACUUUGGAGACAUUGAAGUCACUGCAUGCUGCAUCAGAAGGAAUUAAAGCGGAGGAUUCAAAAUAUUAUUAUACUUAACUCUCGUGAGGAAUUCGGCGGAUCCACUGUUUUUAGAAAGUAAAAGCGUCCCGCCUCGUCCCUGGAGGAGAGAGGAGCCCCCCUGAGGAGAGAGAGGAGCCCCCCUGAGAGGAAAGGAGCCCCCGUGCUGAGCCAUGAAGCGGCCGUGCGAGGAAAGCAGCUCCGGGGACAGCGACGCCGACGGGACCAUCGAUGUGGGCAGCGACAGCGGUUAUCCCCGACACGUGAAUGGGUCUUUUCUCAGAUGUGGAUCCCCGAACAACCCCACACAAACCCUGGCGAGGAAAAAACGAAGAGGGAUUAUCGAGAAGAGGCGCAGGGACCGGAUUAACUACAGCCUUUCGGAGUUGAGGAGGCUUGUUCCCACCGCCUUCGAGAAACAGGGCUCGGCCAAGCUGGAGAAGGCGGAGAUCCUGCAGAUGACGGUGGACCACCUGAAGAUGCUCCAGGCCAGCGGGGGGAAAGGUUAUUUCGACGGCCACGCCCUGGCCCUGGACUUCCUGUCCCUGGGCUUCAGGGAGUGUGUGUCCGAGGCCUCCCGCUUCCUGGGCUCCGUGGAGGGCCUGGAGCCCAGCGAGCCCCUGCGCCUGCGCCUCCUGUCCCACCUCUCCUCCUGCGCCUCCCACCGCGACGCCGCCGCCAUGACCCUCCUGGCCCCUCCUCUGCCACCCCCGACGCCCCCCCCGCCGCACCACCACAACCACCACCACCACCAUCACCCGGCCCCGCCCUUCCCCUGGACCGCAGCGGCCGCCGCCAUCGCCACGGCAACCGCCUUCCACUCCUUCCCCCCCCCCACCGCGUUCGGACUGAGCGUGCUCCCCGGCGGUGGGGCGGCGGGAGGAGAAGGAGGAGGUGGAGGGAGGGGCUGUGGCGGUUUCGCCCCCCACAGGAUGGGGGAGGUGUUGCAGCGUAGCCCGUCGGUCUCCACGCUAAGGUCCUUCUCCUCCUCCUCCUCCUCCUCCGACGUCACCUCCACCUCCUCGCCCUCCGUCUCCUCCUCUACCUCCUCCCUCAGAAGCUCCAGCCUGCUCUGUUGCACCUCCUCAUCCAGCAGCUCCAGCUCUCUGCUGCCCCUCUCCCCGGUGGUACAGCCCUCACCCCUCCUGCUCUCUGGCGGGUUCAACCACGUCGCCUCCUCCCUCCCCCCUUCCUCCCUCUCCUCCCCCAGCCCCCCCAUCUCCUCCACUUCCUCUUCCUCCACCCCCCUCACCUCCUCCGCCCAGUGCAAGCACUACAGACCUUGGGGGAGAGAGGUUGGCGCAUGCUGACCCCCCACACACACUUUACUGGCUACUAGCAUCCCCUAGCUAGCUAGUUUAGCUCAAUAAUCUCAUUUAUAUGACUACAUUCUAAGACACACUUACUGUUUUAUCUGGCUGGUUUAAAAACUGCUACCUACCAAACCGCCUUACUUUGCUGGAUUUAUAACAGCUGGUUUGUAAUCGCAUUGAUUAACCAGGAAUAACACUGAAUGAUUGUUGUUGAAUUCUUUUACACGCCUGCUCAUUUUUAUGGCUCAACAGAUAUUAUUCACAAGCAGUUUGAGUGAGUCUGGCGUUAUCACUGAGGUUUACCAGUACAAAUAUUAAAUAUAUUUUAUAUGUUCUUAUAAUUUUGUUGUUUUUCAAAUCUCUACGUUUUUUCAUUUUCUUCACAAAACAUUUAUAAUUUUCAAUCUAACUGCCCACAGGGAUGUUUGAAGAUUUUUUCAAUUUAAUUUGAGUUUAUAUGUACGAAUGUGUUAUGGUGAGAUGAAAGACGUUACAAUUCAUUAAAUCAUGCUUACUAAUGUCUAAAAAAGCAGUUGAUAUUUUCAUUCAGCAACGAAAUUGUAAAGAAAUGUAAAUGUACAUUUUUACCUUGUUAGCUUUUCUACAAAGAAAAAAUAUAACAGCUCUUCAUCAAAUGUUUCCAGCUUAACUUUAACUUGAUUAAAUCCCUACCGAUCCAAA